CUCCAACAUUUUCUGCUUCUGGCCUCUCGUGCCUCUGUGCAUCUCUCCUGUUGGAUCGCCCGUCAACUGUCACUGCCACUCCCACUUCCACUGCGUCUACGAGACUUCAAGACUUCUUUCGGUCGCUUAGACACCGUCACUUUGUCUUCUGGAAACUCGGAUCCUUUUACACUUUCGACUCUGUACCAUUGAUUCCUCACCAUGUUGUGCCGCCUUUGAUGUUCCGAACGAAUAUCCUCCGACGAUGAGCCAAUUGCCAUCGUGAGAUUGUCUCCUUCUACUUUCCCCUUCGUCGCCUCUCCUUGCGCCUCGUUCCAACCCCACGACUCAACCUCACUUUGCGCGCUGCUAGAUUUACCUCUACAAUCUUCUCAAAAUGGUCUCUACCACCAUCCAAGAUCGAACCAACGAGUUCAGAACCAUCCUCACUCAGGCUCAAAAGAGAAAUACUGCCACAAAAGGAGGGUCCCAGAGACAGUCUCUAUUGACCGACGCCGAAAGACACGAGGCUAAUGGCGCAUCUUCCAACCCAUCAAAACCCGGUCGCUCGGAGUUUGCUCGAAAUGCGUUGCAAAUUGGCCGUGGCAUCGGUGCUACCAUGGGCAAACUCGAACGAUUAGCACAGCUCGCCAAACGAAAAGCCAUCUUCGACGACCGACCUGUCGAAAUAUCCGAACUCACCUAUGUCAUCAAACAAGACCUCGCUACUCUCAACUCCCAAAUUUCUUCCUUGCAACAACUUACUCAGUCCCGCCAUCCCACCGCCGCCAACCCACGCUCUGCCGAUCAAGAAGGCCAGCAUAAUAAGAAUGUUGUCUUGAUGUUACAGAACAAAGUCACCGAUGUUGCUGCCAAUUUCAAAGAUGUACUCGAAGUUCGUACCAAGAACAUCCAGGCGUCUCGAUCGAGGACUGAGAACUUUGUCUCCUCGGUCUCUGCACGAUCACAACACCUGGACGAAUCCCGCUCCGAGUCUCCUCUAUACCAAGGCUCAUCAAAGAAGCCAACACAUGGCACCUCGACCGACCUGUUGACUUUAGAGCCUUCAUCUUUGUCUGCGCUCUCGGGUAACGGGCCACAGUCGGACCAACAGUUACUGCUGAUGGAGGAGGCUCACGCGCCCAACACUUAUAUCCAAGAAAGGGGCCAGGCCAUCGAGGCUAUUGAACGAACCAUUAACGAACUCGGCGGGAUUUUUGGUCAACUGGCCUCCAUGGUGUCGGAACAAGGCGAGAUGCUACAGAGAAUUGACGCAAAUACCGAGGACGUGGUAGACAACGUUCAGGGUGCUCAGCGUGAACUGUUGAAGUAUUGGAGCCGGGUCCAAGGCAAUCGUUGGUUGGUUGCCAAGAUGUUUGGUGUCCUAAUGAUUUUCUUCCUCUUGUGGGUUUUGAUAUCUGGUUGAGCGAUUACGGUUCAGCGUGGCAGUUGUUGAAAUUCAGGGAUAAGCAGCGUUCCCGCCUUUGCGGAUCGGGGCCAACUCGAGACCUCUUCUUUACGCCAGCUUCUAACUCGGCAUUACCUGACACUAAGUUCAGCGUCGGGCCAGUCUCAAUCUGCUGACAAGACGGACCGGCCGCGUCUCUAUUGUCGGUUCAUACACAUCGACAGAAUAGUUGAGCCAGUUGGACCAGUAACCUCGCUGGGCGCACUGUAUAUUAAGACACCAUCGAAACACAGACGACAACAUCUAAAGCACCCGUAAUCGGACAGGGGAGCUUCUGUUGAGUCCAGGAGGGAAUGGAGCCAGGCCGGUCGUGCUUGGUCCAGCCACGGGAGAACUUGUGCCAGCGUGGAGUGUUUCCAGACGAAAGAUAUUGACCGUGGCUUGGACAAGAUCCUGUACAACAGAAUAUAAUCAUGGAUAGAUCAGCGUACAUAUUGCAAACCCAGCAAUACUCAGAAACCGUCACUUGAAUGACAUAG